AUGGCGCAACCACUUGAUCUCCAGGCCGUCCGCGACGAAUUGGUCGCAGUAGCCUACGAGGCGGGCCACAUGAUUCUCGCCGCCAACCCUGCAGACAUUGGCACUGAUACAAAACUCAACUCCGUUGACAUUGUCACCGAUGUGGAUAAAAGUGUCGAAAAGAUGGUCUUGGCACGCUUGUCUGCUGCCUUCCCUUCCGUCGGCUUCAUGGGUGAAGAAUCCUAUCUUCCCGGUAUGAGGAUAGGCCCUGAGCCGACCUUUGUCGUCGACCCAAUCGAUGGCACCACCAACUUUGUUCACUCCUUCCCCAACGCCUGCAUCUCUCUCGGCCUUGCCAUCAACCGCUCACCUGCCGUGGGCGUCAUUUACAAUCCCUGGCAGGAUGUUCUAUUCACCGCCAUCCAGGAAGACGGCGCCUAUAUGACACGCUUCCGGGGAAGCACGCCACAGAAACUGCCGCUGGCCAAGAUGCCGCGACCAUUGGAGGGCCUGGGUGCCGCCCUAGUGGCCGUGGAAUGGGGCUCGGACCGCUCUGGGCACAAUUUUGAGCUCAAGGCUGACGUGUUCAAACAACUGGCUGCCAGCGGGGAGGACGGGGGUUCGAUGGUCCAUUCGCUACGGUCCAUGGGUUCGGCGGCACUCAACCUGGCCGCCGUCGCCGCUGGCCAGCUGGAUGCCUACUGGGAGGGCGGCUGCUGGGCCUGGGAUGUCUGCGCCGGGUGGUGCAUCCUCAAAGAGUCUGGCGGUAUAAUGGUGAGCGGCAACGCAGGCGACAACGGUCCCACCCUCGAGUCGAGGGUCUACUUAGCUGUGAGGGGGGCACCGAGCGGCCAGGAUGAAUUUGUAAAGGAAUUUUUGAACGUUCUUGGGGAUCGAAAAAUGGACUAUGCCGCCUAA